UCAGUGUUCAGUGCAGAUCGCGGCCGUUCCGACGAAACCACGAUCUUUCGAGUAGCACACUACAACUACUGAUUCAAAGUGUUUCUAGCAUCUCAGCCCCAAGACGAAGUGCGAGUAUAUCUUAGCGUAGAAUCUUAUACUAAACUUCGGUGGUGCUUAAAGAUCAAUACGGAAUUUAGUAGAGAAGAGUUUCCCGUCAAGAUCACUUCUUGAGAGGCUCGCGCGUUUCAAACCGUUCGGAAGUCCGCCCCAUUGGCUCGAUAGUCCGUGACCGUAUAUAGAUACUCGUAGUGAUCGAAACAUAUAGUGCUGUUCAAAAACAGUGGUCGUUACACAAUACCAUUUAAAGAUAACGAAUAAAAAGUGAAGGAUGGCCACUUCAACGCGAGAAAGACGGGAAGAAUACUCAUCAAAUAUUGUUCGCACAUUAAGCCCGACACGACCCCUUUCGCCUGGCAGCAAUAUGUCCGACAUCGACAAUAAGCUGGAUUAUCUUCUCGAAGAUCUUCAAUCUACGGUUUCGGGGAGUGAAAGUCCAUACAAUGGCCUCAGGAAUGAUUCUUCGUAUAGAACAACAACCAGAGACAUCGAAUAUUUGUCUCCAUCUAAUUCAACCACUGUCAUUAGAGAACGUUCUAAAAGUCCCAAUUCGACUACUGACCGGGUUUAUAAAACAUCCAACUACCAAUACUCUACGGGUCCAGUGUCAUACAGUUCAAAUCCAAAUACCAAUCAGUUGGACUCGUUACUGCAAGAUUUGAAAAAUGAGCGGGAAAUCACUCGCGAGAGGGAUUAUAGCCAUGUCAACGAUAUUCGUCUGGAUCCUGGCUUGGUUGAACCUGGUUCUACCGUGACCAAAACAACGAGGGUAUACACAACUUCCACUAGUGGCGGAAAACCAACUGUGCAGCGUGAACUCGUUUUCGAUCCACCAAGCGCUAGUUCCACUUUAAGAUCAUCUGGUCGAGCAGGACCGAAAAGCCCAUCUUACAUGAAAACAACAGAAACUAGAACUGUAAAAGAUGUGUCAUUUGAACCAGUUUUACCCGAAACUGAAACAAUUAGAACAACAAAUACCAUCAACCGUUACAACUAUUCUUCGGAUACAAACCGAGAACGUGCUACUUCACCAUACACUACAAAAACUGUCACUGUUGAUACCUCGGUCCUACCAGACGAUCUAAGGAAAGUACCGCUUUCAGAUGACAUUUUGCCGGUUCCAGGAACUAAAGUCACAACUACCGUGCGAACAUAUACCUAUGAAAUACCAGCUGAUACACCACCAACCCAAACGAAAACUCUCCUCUACAAAAACGAACAGCACAAUACAACAAAUACCACGUAUCCUCCAAACAGGGAGGUACCACCGUCGGUUGUUUUCAAAACAGAAAGCUACAAUACGGUGGAUAGCACUGACGGUUAUCCACCGGGUAGGGAACCAUCUGUUUCACCAAUACCACCAUCCACAACAACUAGAGUCAUUCACAAGAAAAAUACUACAGAAACCACCAACACGCUUUAUCCUGGUUCACCAGGUUAUCCAUCAGGUACUGGACCACGGCCACGUGAAUCUAGUCCACAACCAGGACCGAACACUACAAUAAUCUACAAGGAGAACAUCACAAACACAAAUGUUAACCAAUAUCCACCCAAUAAUUACGGUCCUGGAUCACCACCACAUCAGCAUCCCUCUCCGGUGGGUCAGCCUGGACAUCCAGGAUAUCCAGACCAUCCAGGUCACCCAGGGCAACCUGGACAGCCAGGACCAACUCAGACAUACUAUUACAAGUAUGAAUCUUCAAAUACGAAGAAUACUUUGUACGGACCACCAGGAAGCGGUAGACCUAAUGAUCAAUCACCUACACCAGUCAUUACAUAUCCCAAUGAUACUUUGCCAAGUCGAUCACCGCGCAGUCCGCAUGGUCCUGGAUAUCCCAACGAACCAGGCAACGUCACUUAUAAGUAUUCAUCAACAACCACAUCAAGAAACACAACACAUGGAACACCAUCAGAAAGGGAGCCUCUGUUGCAACCUGCUCCAUUCCCUCUUGAUGGUUUGGAACCACAAACGGAAACAGAUUCGCCUCCGAAACGUUUGGAUGAUCUAAUGGCGUCGUUUGGAAAUGGUCCUCAACCUAAUGGAAGACCUUUAGUCGAUGAACCCUACACGCCAAGAAGGGAAGUGGAAACAGCCGUUGCAACCGGAAAAUCUUCAGCCGUGGUUGCUACGCCAUCGAAGAAUGUUGCUGGACCACCAGUAUACUAUCCACCAGGACAUGAAAUGUUUGCACGCAAGGAAGAGUCUGGAGCUGCUUACCGAGCAGGGGGAGCCUGGGCGCGUGGACAAGGCCGAUAUGAGUAUGAAUCCGAAUCAAGGUCCAAGAGCAAAAGCAAGUCAGGUGCAACGAUGAUCCCAGUGUGCUUACCAUUGUGCUGCGCCAUGCCCUGCUCAAUUAUGUAAAACAAAAACCAGUUCACGUUUUGAACCAGUUGAAUUGCCAAUUUUACGGUUUAUUAUUUUUGUUUUGUUGUAAUAUUUUAUCAUAUUUUUUUCUAUAUUCAUUUUUUGAAAUAAUAUUGAUUCAGCGUAAGUUUAAGAAACAAAUACUCGUUACUCUGCUUUAUUACAGUCAAACCUUUACUUUAAAGCUGCUUACAAACGGAGUCGUUUCGAACGAGUCCUUUUUACAAUUAAUACGAAUCUAGAACCUCAAGUCUCGACUAACAUUAUCACUCGAUAGAAUAUUAACAAUAACACUGAAAUAGGAUUGUAUACUGCAAUAAGGAAACCAUAUCCAUGUCAACAAGGGUGGGAGGGUUAUUGGAUAUUUGCAAAUAUUAACCGUGGCCAAGUGCCUUCAAAGGUGCACCCGUAUUUUUUUCGAAUAUACUUUGUUCCAGUGGAAGCUUCGUCGGUGCAGUAUGGUACUAACCUUUGGAAAUACCUUUUUCGUUUUGAACAAUUCACCUUUCGCCCAAGAAUGUUACUAAUUGCGCACAGAUACUGAUAUAUUUCCUAACUCUUAAGUACCAACACAUCAUCCAGCCAUAUCUACUCAUUCUACUUAUAAUAUUAUUUGUACUACCGAAUGUAAUUUGAAGAUAUUUAAAUAUGUAUAAAAUUUUAAUAAAGAAAUAAAAAAACCAC